AAGAUGGCGCGCAGAAGAGUCGCGCACGGGUGGAUCCUAUCCGUUGGAGAAUACUCAUCGUUGCUUAUGAUACUGACGGCGUCUUCCGCUGCUGUCGAAGACACAUCCACGGAAACUACCGAUAAGUUUAGCGAGGAGUACUGCGACGGGUACCGGUGGAUUCACACGAAACCCGAGUGCAUGAAGCGAAGCGGAUUUGCGCUGCUAGAGUACCCGGACUGGAAGACCCGGUACGAGGCGUGCGGCGACGCUAUGCAGUCGCCAAUCCACGUGGAAUACCUGGACAGCCAGUUCCGCCAGUUCAAGACGCUUUACUACACCGGGUUCGAGAACCUCUACGGCUACGUCGUCGAGAACGGCGUGCAUGGUGUCUACAUGACCCUCAAGGACGGGACGGUGAGCCUCUACGGGGGUCCGCUGGCAGUCCUCUACAACCUGUCCCGCGCAAUCUUGCGGUUCGGACGUCCGACGGGGCCCGGCUCCGAGCAUCGUAUCGACAAGGAGGAGUACGUCGCCGAGAUGCAGCUUCUGUUUUCCUCGAAAAAGCCAACCACGACCAGCUGCCUGUACGAGAACUCCGGCGUCGCAAUAGUGUCCGUCCUCUUCCGCGAGGUGCCGGGCAGCGUGGCGGCCAUUGAGCCCCUCGUGCAGAGCACGCGGCAGCUGCGCGGUGUGUGGGGCGCCCGGGUGUCGGUGCAGCUGCGGCUGAGCUCGCUCAUGGCGCCGUACGCGCAGCACUACUACGCCUACUCGGGAUCGCUCACCUUCCCGCCCUGCACGAGCAGCAUACCGACGCUGGUGAUGGCCAAGCCGGCCUCCAUCGGAGAGGACCAGCUGGACAUCCUGCGGAAGAACAUGUUCGUGUCGCUCAACUACUGCGUCUACCACAUGGCCGGUCAGCUGAGGCCCACCUUCGAGGCGCAGAACCGGGACGUGUACCGCUCGUUCAAGUACUUCAGCAGCAGCGGCGUCGGCCAUGCCGAAGCACCGCCGACGGCAGCGUUGCUGGCGCUGCUACUGCUAAGCCUAACGUUGACGACUAUGGCGCCGUUGCCCAACGCGUGGAGCAUGUGCUAAGAGACUACGGCGCUGUUAUACCCGACGUGUGGAGCACGAACUCGCGCAGUUCCGGAUAUCUAGUUAGCUUUAAAUCGAACGACGACAGCUCCUGCCGUAUACGAUUCCGGGAGUCAUUACACAAUGCGUGUAUGGUUUGUGGCCCCAUAUUGCUUUGAAUAAUAGCCUUCCUGUCGUUUCAAUGUUCACUCGGAAGCAAUUCGACCCUUGGACUCGCUGCAACAUCGGUGGUUUAUUUCACGCUAUACAUCCCACUGCACACGUUCAAUUUUCUACGCUUCGUAUAUCUGAUUUAUCGAAGAGUGGGAUUCCUGCGCGGCUUCGUAUCACAGGGUGCAUUGAAUAGUGGAGCUCUGCAGCGGGGGUGAAACUGCACGCGUAACGAUGCGAGUGACGCAGUAUUUAUACAGAGUCCAUUGUUUUGGUGCAAAUCGAAGCACUCUACGGUACUGUGUCUUGUCACAAUAUUUCGACCACGAUUCUAAUGUCGUUUCGUUGUUCCCUAUAUACUCAAUACCGUGAGCGGUCGACCAUGGUACGAGCGUUUGGCGCCGUCAUAUGUAUCAAUAUACAAAAGCCGUGCCCGCAUUACAAAAUAAUUUACGCCCCUAAAUAUGGUGUAAAUCGGUCAAAAAAGCUCAGUUGGGUGCAAGCGUGAGUUAUAGACCGAUUUGUGUGCAAGGGUGCAUACAGACCAAUUUACACCUUUAUUCACCUUCAAAGGUAAAUUAUUUUGGAGCGCACAAAGCUGCUGACGCUGCUAUUUUAAACCCCCGGACAAAAGCACCGCUGAAGUCGCAGUAUAUCAGUUCUUGGACAGUUCAUGCUCCGUAGUGCUAAUCACGAGCGCUGCCAUUUAUGGUCACGUUAAAAUAAAGCUAAUAAAACUGUUUCUCAUGUUAAUGGUACGACAACUUUACGCACGGAAUGGACGGCACCGUUUCGAAAAGCAGUGAUGCUUAUUUACAUGGCACUUAGUUCUUCAACCUUCGCGAUACAUGUGUUGAGGUGCGAGGUACGAGCUAGAGCUUUACCAGCUUCUUAAAUGGGAAGUGAUGAGUUGGACUGGUGGUUAUAUUGGCAGAUUAUUAAUUCAAAAUUACGUUUACCCUUUUUAUGACGGCAAGAAGUUCAACAUUAGAGGAAAAAAGGAAAGCAGAGAUUUUUUUUUCGAAUUAUUUUACCGUGCACCCAACAAACCAUGCACCCAAAGCACGAUUUAUUGUGACAUCAGAUUUCUAGACAAAUUUUUGUAUAUUUUUGUAGCCUCGCCAGUAAGUCGUUUUCUUUUUUUUUCCUUUUGAACGUAGCGCAAUAUUUUUUCGUUGUUAAACGAAUCAGCUGCACUGUGUAGGUGCUGUCCGAAAUGUGCGAUAUGCAUAAAGGGGAUGCUAUCGUCCAAAUUUCAAAGUGCCGUUGACACACUACUUCCGUUUUCCUAUCAUAUUUGGCACCACAGAAAACUGUAAUCCACCAAUCUAACUUAAUUUUGUACUUCUCUUUAGCGUCCUUUGUAGUUCGUGUCUGUGAAAUGCAUCACAAAGCCGAGUUCACCGAAGACAAAAAGAGCAAUUGCCGCUUGAGUAUCUGAGCAAUUCGUAUCCUACAAUGAAUGCGUCUAUUUGUUAUGUGACAGCGCACCUGCGUAAUCCAGGAUCUUCUGGAUGAAAUGCAGCUGUCCCGUGGGCCAAAAUCUUAGUCCUAUCGAAGCACGGAAUCUUGAGUGGACCAAUAGCAUUUGUGUUCGGUCGAUUUCAUCCUGUGAUAAAGCUAUGCGGUGAAAUUCAUACAGAGCUGUGAGCUCGGCUUUGCCCCAUGAAUGACAAUGCGUUAAAAGUUAUUUUAUUCCUGAUGCAAAAAGCGCGAGGUGCUGUCUCUCGCGUUUCGAUGUUCGUGGAGCUGCAUAUUCGCAGUCAAGUAGAAGCGUUUCUUCACAUGAGGCUGGGCGACCGCUUCGCACCAAGGACAAUGUAAUGCGACAAAGCCGUAUCCCUUUUUUUGUUGUUGUGUAGGAGACGAAAUCGCCAUAUAUCAGUUGAAAGGCGGCACAGUACUCACAUUCGACGUUGACGAAGACUACAAGACGAUGUAACUUAUAGAUUGUAGUCACACGAUGUUUUACUAAAGUAUGUUCCUCUUGCUCCGAGAGAGACGGCUCAGACUGUGUUCACGUUUCAACAAUUGAGGAUAAAAGUACAAAAAUAAGAUGUUACUGUAGAGCAGACAGCACUUUGACCAUCGACAGGCUUUUCAACUCGCGCUAGCUAUAUAUUCAAGACAGCCAGCAUAUAGGCAUCUGCACGGAGAAGUGAGCUAGAGCAAGGACCUGGCCUGCCUGCUCAAGCUCUCGAAGCCUAACAGCCUUUGUGUACUUUGAAUCAAUACAACAGGAGCGGUCGUGUUUCCUUUUAUACAAUGGUGCUAUA